ACGUCACCCACCCCACCCCAUCUGGAUCUCUCUCUCUCUCUACAAUCUGUACUUCGUCCCUGUUCGAUAUUCCAAUUAUCUAACCCUAAUCACACAGCCUUUCUCUGAGCUGAAAUUCAAUUUGUUCCUCGGUUUCAUGCGUGUGUAUGUAUCUGUAUUCAGUGCCGGAGCACGGGCUAGGGCUCAAACCGAGCUGAUCGCCGACAUCUGAUGGCCGCCCGUCUUUAGCAGGUUUUUUAUUUAUUUUUAUUUUUUUUCGAGGAUGUCCGUAGCAGAGCUGAAGGAUCGGCACGCGGCCGCCACCGAGACUGUCAAUGCUCUCAGAGAGCGUUUGAAGCAGAAGCGUCUUCUUCUUCUCGACACUGAUGUGGCGGGGUAUGCGAGGUCACAAGGUAAGACUCCGGUCAGCUUCGGCCCCACGGAUCUUGUUUGCUGUAGGACACUGCAGGGACACACGGGGAAGGUUUAUUCAUUAGACUGGACUCUUGAAAAGAAUCGUAUUGUCAGUGCCUCUCAGGAUGGGAGGCUAAUAGUGUGGAAUGCUCUAACAAGCCAGAAAACUCAUGCUAUAAAGUUACCUUGUGCAUGGGUCAUGACAUGUGCUUUCUCUCCAACUGGGCAAUCUGUUGCCUGUGGUGGCCUUGAUAGUGUCUGCUCCAUCUUCAACCUCAACUCUCCUACUGAUAAGGAUGGGAAUCUACCUGUAUCAAGAAUGCUUAGUGGGCACAAGGGUUAUGUUUCUUGUUGUCAGUAUGUUCCAGAUGAAGAUACUCAUCUGAUAACAAGUUCUGGUGAUCAUACAUGUGUUUUAUGGGAUAUAACUACGGGCCUGAGAACGUCUGUUUUUGGAGGUGAAUUUCAAUCAGGCCAUACUGCUGAUGUGCUAAGUGUCUCUAUAUGUGGUUCAAGCUCAAGAAUGUUCGUGUCUGGUUCUUGUGAUGCAACUGCUCGAUUAUGGGACACUCGUGUUGCUAGUCGAGCAGUGAGGACUUUUCAUGGUCAUGAGGGUGAUGUUAAUACUGUGAAGUUCUUCCCAGAUGGCAAUAGAUUUGGAACUGGUUCAGAUGAUGGAACUUGCAGGUUGUUUGACAUUAGGACAGGGCAUCAGCUCCAAGUAUACUGUCAGCAGCAUGAUGAUAAUGAAAUUCCUCCUGUGACUUCACUUGCUUUCUCCAUAUCUGGCCGGCUUCUCUUUGCUGGGUACACCAAUGGAGAUUGCUAUGUAUGGGAUACUUUACUUGCUAAGGUGGUUUUGAACUUGGGGACUCUUCAGAACUCACACGAAGGUCGGAUCAGCUGUUUAGGUUUGUCAGCUGAUGGAAGUGCCUUGUGUACAGGAAGUUGGGAUACAAAUCUUAAGAUUUGGGCUUUUGGUGGGCAUAGAAGGGUGGCCUGAAGGUGAAGAGUUGGCGAAGUUGUCUUAGCAAUUAACAUGAGAAGCCCAUGGUUGUUGUCUUCUUUACCAUUUUUCAGUAAUUGCUUUCUUAUCUUCCAUUUGUAAAAACCCUUUGUAUCUCGUCAAUUUACUCCCUUCUGAAACCAUAAUCAUAUACUGUUUGUUCUUGAAAUACAAUUUAGGGUAGGGUAAUAGUCUUUGACAAGUUUGAUAGGACAACAAACUUGUUCUUUUUUAUUUUUAUUUUUUUGUUCUUUUUCUUUUCCCCCUGAGCUACAUGUUCUUUUCAUUUGCCCUUUUCUUCUU